UAUUAUACACUGGGAGGCAGGCAUUCACACUCACACACACACACACACGCACAGCGAGCAAGAAGCAGAUGGCAAGCGCAGUCAUGAGUUCAGUCAGCCUAAAGCCCGCUCCCUUCACGGCUGAGAAGUCCGCCGUGAGAGGGCUGCCGUCGUUGGCCAGAACCACCAGGUUCAGAGUUGUGGCCAGUGGUGGCAAGAAGAUCAAGACUGACAAGCCUUAUGGACUUGGUGGAGGUAUGGAGUUGAGGAACGGCGUCGAUGCCUCCGGAAGGAAGCCUACGGGAAAGGGUGUGUACCAAUUCGUAGACAAGUAUGGAGCCAACGUGGAUGGAUACAGUCCCAUCUACAACGAGGAUGAGUGGUCUCCAAGCGGGGACGUCUACGUUGGGGGUACAACUGGUCUGGCGAUAUGGGCUGUAACCCUAGUCGGAAUUCUUGCUGGGGGAGCACUUCUUGUCUACAACACAAGUGCUUUGUCACAGUAAUUCUAUUACCAUAUGCAUGUUGAUGUUCAUGUUGUAAUAUGGAAAAAAACUGUCUAGAACCAUACAUUUUAUGACCUCGUCUCUGCACUGUAAUUUCUCAAGUAUUUUACAGUGGAUGCGUCUUCUAUUACUCCACUUGUUCAAUUUGUUAACGUUAUUUACAUAAA